AUGUCGGCUCAAAGCUCUGAAUCACAGGAGAGAAGCAACUGUGGCCAAGUAGGUGAAAGGUACCAGCCAUGUUUUGCUGCUGGUCUAUCAGCCAAGUUAACCAUAGUGAUCGGAGACACGCAGUUCUCAGAAGAAAAGACGUUACUUGUCCGAAGUUGUGAUUAUUUCCAGGCUCUGUAUCGCUCUGGAAUGAAGGAAUGCCAGCAGGAGAAAAUCCACCUCCAGUGUGUCCGCGCUCGAGGAUUCUUCAUCGCCUUGGCGGUUGUGCGGGGUGAGAUGCCAGCCAUGGAUGAAGAGGAUAUUGUUGAUGCCAUUGAAUGUGCAGCGUUCUUACAGGUGACAGCACUCACAAAACAUCUCAUCAACUUACUCGAUGGGGAGAACUGUCUGUUGAUGUUUCACACUGCAGCAACAUUUGGACUCAUGGAUCUCUAUCACGCUGCUGCUCUGUUCAUUCGAGACACGUACGGUGACCUAAAGGCAGAGGUCCAGACUGCCUUGUCCUCCGAGCUGGUCACAUACAUAGAGUCUUUACCGCCCAGCGUUUUUGUGGCUGUGGGGGCACACGUGAGCUGUGCUGAGGACAACAGCGUACACGCCGCUUCCAGGACUGUCUGUUACCUGGAUGAAACUGGGAAUAACUGGAACGUUCUGACAGAACUUCCUCUGGAGGCCAGCACUUCCAUGGCUGGGGUUACAGUUCUAGACAACAAGCUGUACAUCGUUGGAGGAGUCCAUGGACCUGAUAAAGAAGUGGUGGAGUCUUGCUUCUGCUUUAAUGUUGAAGACAACAGCUGGACUAGGAUUAACAGUCCAGCACAGCUGCGCUACAAUCUAAGCCUUGUGGGAGUAGACAGCUGUCUUUAUGCCAUUGGAGGAGAAUGUGAGCGAACAGUCAUGUCAAGCGUGGAGGUGUACAACGUAAAGAGCGGUGGGUGGACCUUUGCUGCUCACCUGCCUCGACCAGCAGCAGGAGCAGCUUGUACCACAACCAUGAGCAGGAUCUUUGUGUGUUUAUGGAAGCCAAUGGAGACCACGGAGAUCUAUGAGUAUGUUCCAAACAGAGAUGAGUGGCAUCUGAUCACAACGUUGAUCCGGCACCAGAGCUAUGGUCACUGUCUGGUGGGCCAUAGAGACAACCUGUAUGUGAUGAGGAACGGCCCGUCUGACGACUUUCUGAGAUGUCUGAUGGACUGCUACAACCUGAGUUCUGGUCAGUGGUCCGCCCUGCCAGGACAUUUCACAAACAGCAAAGGCUCUCUGUUCACAGCCGUGGUAAGAGGAGAUUCUGCGUUCACUCUGAACAGAAGCAUGACUUUAGAGUACAAGGUUGAUGGGAGGAACUGGAAGCCCAGGAGACAGAUGAAGGGUUUUCCCAGAAGUGGCUCUGUGUGGACGUUCCUGCUCCGACUGCCAGCAUGAAUUCUCUCACGCCAACACCAAACUACAUUUUUCUUUCUUGUUUUGUUGUUUGUUAAACGAGAUGAAAAUUCCUAAUUUGUGGAAACAGGUAGCUGCUAAAAAUAUUUGAACAAUUGUAUCUAAGAACAAUUUUUGCUUUGGAAACAUUUUUUUUAUUUUAGGUUGAGAGUGACGUGUAAAAAUGUAUAAAUAGUUACAUUUUAAAUUUUACAACUCCGCAAAUGCCUUUAAAUACUCCUGAGUUGUUCAUAUUUAGCAAAGGAUCCAAAACAAUAUAACUGAAUUAAAGUUUGUUUUGUGUAUUCAUUCACCUGUUCAUUCAUUCAUUUGCCACAUUUGUUAGAUCUUUUUAAUGUAAACCAUGCUUCUUUAGUUUGUUGCUUGUAGGAAACAAGGAAAAACCUCACGGAAGAUGAAUUGUUUAGUUUUCUGCUGCACAACAAGCAGGUGGUGGGUUUGAAAAGAGCUGGAGCCAGUCUGAGUUGUGCCGUGCAUGAGCAGAUACGCUGGUGUGCUCUCUCCCAGCUAAGUUAUGCCUGCUAGCUUAACUAGUUUAAUCAGCACUUAUAAGCUAGAAUUCUAAAAGUUGUUAGUUUUAUUAGACAAAGUUAGGACUUAUUUACUAAGUUGUUACUAAGUUAUUUCCACUCCAAACAUUAGAACAAAUCCUAAUGAAUUACCAGUGAUGGUCUUAAUCAUCUAUGAUGCCAACAUUUCUAGUCAUGCACACACCAGACACCAUGUCUGCUCAGAGUCACCAGUGCUCUGGACCUUCCAGCUCUACUCCAGACCCAUCUUCUGCUUGGUCAGAGGCAGUGGUACGUGGCCGCAGGAGAGCCCCUGUUGUUGUGGUUAAUUCAGGGUGAUGAUCCAAACUGGGAUCUAUCAGGCAGAAAUUAUAAAAGUAAGCGUGGAGUUUGCAUAAUUGACUCUAGACACCCCCCCCCCCCCAGUCAUUUGUGCACAUUGUCUGAUUUUUAAAUAAUUUAUUUAAAAAUUAUGGCGUAAAAUAAGUAUUU